CCGGCGCGUAAAAGGACUGUCGGGCGCUUUUACGCGCAGAGCCGCGCAGCUCAGUAUUGUGGCGCUCGGAAGGGAUGGUGAGCGCACGUACGGCUUGUGUGAUUCGUCUCCGCUUCUCAGUGCGUCCGAAAGGAUGACUUCGGACAAUUGUGACCUUCUGGAGGGCUCGCAAAGCAGAACUGGGGGCAUGCUGACGUCCAAUGUCACCAAGUCAGCAGGGGAAGAAAACGCCACCAGGACGGAUUCCGACUGUAGUUACGUGUCGGUUGUUUUUCCCAUAACCAUGAUGGCCACGGGCAUGGUGGGUAAUUCUCUGGCUCUAAUCCUGGUCUACAUCUCCUACCGGAAAAAGGAGAACAGAAGGAAGAAGUCCUUCUUGCUUUGCAUUGGGUCUUUGGCGCUGACGGACCUGUUCGGCCAGCUCCUAACGAGUCCGAUUGUGAUCUCGGUUUAUCGCGCCGACCUAAGAUGGGAGCGCAUCGACUCAUCGGGCAACCUGUGCGCCUUUUUCGGAGUGUGCAUGACCACUUUCGGCCUGUGCGCACUGUUCAUGGCCAGCGCCAUGGCUAUCGAGAGGGCCACGGCCAUCACCAACCCGCACUGGUACUCCAACCACAUGAAGACCAGCGUGACCAAGCAGACUUUGGUGGUCAUCUGGUGCCUGGUGUUGCUCUUCGCUCUCCUGCCUGUUGCAGGGGUGGGCAAGUACACACGUCAGUGGCCUGGCACCUGGUGCUUUAUCAGCACCGGGGACAGAGAAGUGCCCGGCAAUAUAUUUUUUUCCUUCACUUUUGCCUUACUGGGGAUUUUCUCGUUGCUUGUCACUGUCUCCUGCAACGUGGUGACCAUCCGGGGCCUGAUUAUUCGCUGCAAAAACAAAUCUGGCACGUCUCAGGCCUCCAAACACUGGGAAAGACUCACCACAGAGACAGUCAUUCAACUCAUGGGGAUUAUGUGCGUCCUGCUUGUGUGCUGGUCUCCUCUACUGGUUUUGAUGUUAAGGAUGAUCUCCGCCCAGGUGUCCUCUCACGAAUGUAAUUCCUCACCAGAGAGCUCCCACCCUUCCUCCGUGCGAGACGUCCAGUUGGACUGUAAUUUCUUUCUGACCGCCAUCCGCCUGGCCUCGCUCAAUCAGAUCCUGGACCCGUGGGUUUACCUGCUCCUUAGGGAGAUCCUUUUUCGCAAAUUCUGCUUGGUAGCCAAUGCCGUCUCCAACUGCUCCAUUGAGGAUCACAAGGAGACCCAAACAGCUCUGGAUGCACUUAAUAAGAAGAAUCAAGAAAGCUUUGAAAAGCCCCAAAGUAACAAAGGAGACUUUUGAAUGAGGAAGAUUUUCCCGUUUUAUAAGACAUUGAAUGGAAAUUAACAAAGUGAAGAUUCUGCAUGUGGAAGCAUAUUUUUCCUUGUAAAAGUCAACUGACCAUCAUCUGAAUAUAUCCCACGGCCUACCAAGAAGUCUUUUUGUUACUUUUCAGUCAUAUCAUUCCCAAGUAGUGACUCUAACUUGAAGUGACGCAUAUUUCAUUUGACAUCACAUUUUUACAGUAAGAUAUAAACCGUUUACUAUACAGGAAUGUAACUAUUUUUGAUGAAAAGCGGAAAGAAAAAUGGAAUGUAAGAAUAUUUAUUAAUGAUCAAUGUAGUGGUAAAUACUUUUUGGGCCAAGAGCUUACAAUGCUACCUAUUGGAUAUCACUGAAUGUAAAUUGUAGAACAAACACUGGCGCAGCUAGGAUUUGUAUUCCUUGGGAAGGGUGGGUGCAAGGGUAACUCAGAGGGUCCACAAAAAAGUUACAAGCCCCCAAAUCUGCAGAAAACUGUGAUAAACAUUCACCAUACGUUCUGUGGAAAUAUGG